AUGGAGGAGUUUGAGGCUACGCUGAAGGAGAUCGUGAACGCGAAACGCGUCUCCGCGCGUAAAAUGAACAAUCUGACAGAAAUAGCCAUGAAAUCUCUGAAGGAAGACACAAAACUGGUGUCAAUCCUCUACCGGACGCAUAAGGCCCUGCCACCUGCGGCCAAGAUAUCCAGCCUCUAUGUGUUCGAUGCGUUAUCGCGGGCUGCGCGGAGUCAUGCUAACAAACACCCGCAUUCUAAUGACCCCAGAUCUGCCGAGGGGAACAGUGCAACCUUUCUAUUGAAGGUUGAAGGUAUCUUAGAAGGCUUGUUCUCUGACAUGGUCGCGCUCGAACAACCCGAGGCAAAGGAAAAGACUCAGAAGAUCCUAGAUAUAUGGAUCAAAGGAAAUACGUUUCCCUCGACGAUUCUAUCUCGACUGAAGGAGAUAACAGAGCAGGGCAAAGGCAAAAAAGAACCCGAAGUGAACAAUGCGAACGUGCCUGCACCACGUCCUGAACCGCCCACGACCGAUAGUCCCACGAAUGCUGUACCCGAUCCCCAAGCCACGCUCCUAGCACUGCUCGCUCAAGCGGCCAACGCUUCUACAUCGACAAAUGGAGGCCAAAUACACCCAAAUACAGGAACAGCACAACCACCGGCACAGUUAGCACUGAUCCAGCAACUUGCACAGGUGGCCAAGGCAGCAGAUAGCCCUCUAGGACAGCCGCAUAGGCCAAACCAAGCCGCACCAUUCAAUGGCCGGGCUGCGCCUUUUGACGGCUCUUCAUCUCGGUCACCGCCCGGCCGUGAGGAGUAUCAGCAUAAUCGUAGACCAGCUAGAUAUGAUAAUUACGACCACUCUGACCGUGGCCCGGAGCCCAGUGACUACAAUCGUAGUAACCAUGCGGGUCCCAGCCGAGGUGCGAGAGGCUUUCGGGGGCGCCGAGGCGAUACCCGUGGGAGAUGGGACGAUCGGGACAGAGGCAGCUAUCGAGAGAGGAGUCCACCGCGGCGAAGGCAGAGUAGAUCCAGGAGCCCCCCAAGUAGAUAUGGCGGCAGAAGAGACGUCCGGCCCUAUAGUCCCCCGAGAAGACCAUCAACUACAUCCACGGUCGACGGUCCGCCCCUAGACGGCCAGACUUCUAGUCGCAAAUCGCGCGAACCAGAAAGGGAUGAGUUCGGACGUGAUAUCAGACCUCCAUCACCAUCUCCCGGACCCAGGGAACCCAUUCCAGUGCCCGCAGCAGAAACGCACCACCCGCCGCCGGUGCCAGAGACUCUCAGUAGCGAACCUUCUGUAGAGCCCCCACCUCCGCUCAAUCCUAAUAAUCAAUCAUCAUCUGCGUCGGUAUCGGUAGCUACCGUUCCAACUUCAGAGACAGUUGCGAAGUCAGAGAGUGCAGUACAGCCUCAGAUGACCAUGGAGCAGUUCGACUAUACCAACCCAGCUUCGUGGGAAGCAUUGGGAAAUCAGUGGCAAAUGGCCUAUGGUUAUACACCGUCCGCUGAGGAGAUCAUGCAAUAUGUCAUGGCGGGUGGGAUGGUACCUACUCAAAUGGCAGCGGGCGUUCCGACGCAGGGAUGGCCCAUCAGUAGCUGGGAAGAGCCUGUAUCAACCUUCAACACGAACGGCUGGCAGAGUGGGCGAGGACGAGGGGGGUUUAACCGGGGGCGAGGAGGACAUGGACACGGCAAUCCCCGAGACACACAGGGACCCAUCAUGCAAGACGGAAUGGAGACAGACGCGAUAGUCCUUGGAGGAGGAGAAAGUACGGGUCCCUUGGCGCCCCCUACGGCAGUCAAAUCACCCAUAGAGGAACGUCAGCAUAUCGAGCCCAAUACCAAUACGGGAGGCGCUGGAGGUAAAAUGGAACGCGUUGGGGAUAAGUGGGUAUUUGUUCGCGGCACUGGCGCAGGAUCAUGA